AGAUGUCGGCUCGGUCAUGUGAUCAGCUGUGUCCAAUCACAGCUGAUCACAUGGGACAUGUACACUGAUCAUCAGAGCACUGAUGAACAGUGUGCCCUGAUGAUCAGUGUUGCCCCAGUAGUGCCACCUGUCAGUGUCCAUCAGUGCUCAUCAGUGCCACGUGAAGUACCCAUCAGUGCCACAUCAAUGCCACAUAUCAGUGCCUUCCAGUGCAUAUCAAUACCACAUAUCAGUGCCCAUCUGAGCUGCCUUUUCAGUGUCACUCAUCAGUGCCAGUCAGUGCCACACCUAUCAAUGCCAAUCAGUGCCACCUAUCAGUGAUGUCAAUCAGUGCCACCUAUCAGUGCCAGUCAGUGCCGCCUAUCAGUGCCAGUCAGUGCCGCCUAUCAGUGCCCAUCAGUGCCAGUCAGUGCCGCCUAACAGUG